AUGCCUCGAGGUCUGAAGAGUAAGCUCCGUGCCCGUGAGAAACGUCAACAGGUCCGAGGUGUUAAGGGUGCUCAGGCCUCUGCAGCAGAGGAGGAAGGGUCUCCUCCGUCCUCUCCUCUUGGGGGUUCUCCUCAGAGCUCCCCUGCUGCUCAAAGUCCCCAGGGGCCUCAGAGAGCCUCGUCUGCUACCACUGCUGAUGCUGCAUGCACAAGAGCUGCUGAAGGUGCCAAGGGUCAAGAUAAUGAAAAUCCAAGUUCUUCUGGGGCCACACCCACCACUGAGAGUUCCCAAAGAGAUCCUAUAACCCAGAGGGUGACCAAGUUGUUGCAGUUCCUCCUGCGCAAGUAUAACAUGAAAGAGUGCAUUUCCAAGAAAGAAAUGAUAAAGGUGAUCAACAAAAGGUACAAGGAGCAAUUCCCGGAGAUCCUUAGGAAAGCCUCUGAGCACAUAGAGCUGAUCUUUGGCCUUGACCUGAAGGAACUCGACUCCAAAGGUUCAUCCUAUGUCAUUGUCAGCAAAUUGGAGACCACCGAGGAAGAGAAUCUGAGUACCACGGGGUUUCCCAAGAACGGUAUCCUGAUACCUCUCCUGGGUAUGAUCUACAUGAAUGGUAAUGGAGCCACUGAGGAGGAGGUCUGGGAUUUCCUGAAUGUUAUGGGUGUCUAUGACGGGAAGAGGCACUUCAUCUUUGGGGAGCCCAGGAAGCUCAUCACCAAAGAUUUGGUGCAGCAAAAAUACCUGGAGUAUUUCCAGGUGCCCAACAGUGAUCCUCCACGCUACGAAUUUCGAUGGGGCCCCAGAGCCCAUGCUGAAGCCAGCAAAAUGAAAAUUGUAGAAUUUUUGGCCAAGGUCAAUGAUACCGACGUCAGUGUCUUCCAAGCCAUGUAUGAAGAAGCUUGGAAAGAAGGAUGCUAG